UAUAGCCUAUAAAGUAUACUAAAUUUAAAGUAUCUAUUAGUUGCGGCUAUUUAACAGCUAAGUCCUUAAAGAUUGAUUUCCUUACUGGGCACUGGUACUAUGGAAAGUAAAUUAUCUGAAGUAAAUUGUCAAGAAUUACUCACCGAAGCAAGAGACAAGAUAAAGAUUAGUAAUCUUAGUUGCCGCGGUAUAGUUGGACUCGAUCGUUGGGAAAGAAAAAUCGUGCAACCUCUAAUUUUUAACAUAACAUUAUACUGCAACACUAAGCCAAGCGGGACCACUGAUUGCCUGAAUCCCAGUCACAAUUACAGUCAUUGCGCUGGACUAAUCAUAAAAUAUUCAGAAUCGCAAGAAUUUGAGAGUUUGUUUUCAUUGACUCAUAAUGUUGCGCACUUAAUUAUUCUUACGCUUGGGAUCCUCAAAGUUAAAGUGGAAUGCAAAAAGCCAGCAGCUUUACUGUGUGCCGAUUCAGCGGGCGUCAAGAUCACUCGAACGUGCCUUAACUUUCCAGAGGGAUAUGCCCACUUUUUAAAAUUUGACAGAAAGAAAAUCAUCAAUAUUUCGCUAGCAAAUUCAUAUUAUCAUCUAAAUGCCGCUGAUUUUGUACCCACUCCGGGCUGUUCUGAUCAAAUCAUUAUUGAGAAUAUUCACGGAAGGCAUACAACAGCUUUUGUAUUAAAAAAGAUGGAUGAGAAUUCUUAUAAAACCAUUGAAGCACUAGCCGAAUUCAUAGCAAAAUCUUGUCUUAAAGAACUAAACAUACUAAGAAUUAUUAUAAAUUUAAAAAAAUUAAAAGCUUUAGUUUUUGCUCAAUACUCUGCAGUGCAAAUUACUAGAAACCUUUCGGAUUAUGAGAAUUAA